CAGAACUUGAAAGGCUCAGCUGUUGUUAAGACACCUACUGAAAGAUGGUGGAUUAUUAUGAAGUUCUCGGAGUGCAAAAGCAUGCCUCAGCAGAGGAUAUUAAAAAAGCGUACCGUAAAUUGGCACUAAAAUGGCACCCUGAUAAAAAUCCAGACAAUAAAGAAGAGGCAGAACAGCAAUUUAAACAAGUAGCGGAGGCCUAUGAAGUUUUGUCAGAUGCUAGAAAACGUGAGAUCUAUGACAGAUACGGAAAAGAAGGCUUAAUAAAUGGAGGCGGAGGUGGGAAUCAUCUUGAUAAUGCGUUUGAAUUUGGAUUUAAAUUCCGUAACCCAGAAGAUGUGUUCAGGGAGUUUUUUGGUGGAAGGGACCCCUUUUCAUUUGACUUUUUUGAAGAUCCUUUUGAGGACUUCUUCGGUGUCAGGCGGGGUCCAAGAGGAAGCAGAGGUGGUGGAUCAUUUUUCUCUGCCUUUGGUGGAUUCCCUGCUUUUGGAAGUGGCUUUUCUUCAUUUGACACAGGUUUUACUUCGUUUGGUUCACUGGGACAUGGAGGCCUUACUUCGUUCUCCUCUACGUCAUUUGGUGGCAGUGGGUUGGGUAACUUCAAAUCGAUAUCAACCUCCACUAAAACAGUUAAUGGCAGAAGAAUUACUACAAAGAGAAUUGUUGAGAAUGGACAAGAGAGAGUAGAAGUUGAAGAAGAUGGCCAGUUAAGGUCGCUAACAGUAAAUGGUGAGGCAGAUGAAGAAGCCUUUGCUGAGGAGUGCAGACGGAGAGGACAACAUGCCCUACCUUUCCAGCCGACCAACCCUCGCAUGCUGAAGUCUCACAAGCCUGCCGGUUCCCCCAGAUAUGCCUAUCAUUAUAAUAGCGAUGAUGUGGAAGAACAAGAUAGAAGCCGGGUUACAAGCAGCUUGGAUGUUUUACAAGCCAUGUUUCCUUCAGGACACAAAGAAGGCAGCAAGAGGAGGAAGCAGAAGCAGAGAGAGGAACAGAAGAAGAAGAAGUCAACCAAAGGGAGUUACUAA